UUCUCCAACGAAUCCUCUGCUUUUUGGUGUUUUUUUUUGAAAGCUCUAAAAUUUGGAGCUUUUGAUCCUCAAUCCGGCUUGAUUUUCUUAUAUAGAUUGGUUAUAGGGUUGAUGAGAUUGGAAAAAGGAGCAAAAACGAACCUUUUUUGAUGAUUUUUGAGUGAAAUUUGAGGUUUUUUUUCAGGGAUUUUUUGCUACAGGGAAUCAAAAAAAGCAAAAAAGAUGGGAUUUUGAAUGGAGGGAUGGGUUGGUGGAAUUUAAGGGUUGUUUGUCGGAGAGCAUGAGAGGCAGAAAGAGGGCAAAGUUGCGCAAAUUCUUUGCUAGAUUGGGUGUCCGGAACACAAAGAAUUGGUUGUGUUCUGCCGAACAAUUUAAAGCAAAUGAAAUGGUACCUGCAACCGGGUCUCAGACAUCCUUAGCAAGUGGCUACAUUUCUCAGGCUGGUCUUGGUGAUCAGAGGAUUGAUACUGGGAAUAUUGAAGAAGCUGAAUCUUCUCUUCGAGAUGGGGUUUGCCUUAACUAUGAGGAAGCAAGAGCUUUACUGGGGAGGCUUGAAUAUCAGAGAGGAAAUGUUGAAGCUGCUCUUCGUGUAUUUGAUGGAAUAGACAUAGCUGCAAUAGCUCCUAAGAUGAAAGUUUCCAUUACUAGAAAAAUUGGUCGGCACAAACCACAAUCACCCUGGGAUGUUCCACAUAUGUCCAUACAUGCUGUUAGCUUACUCAUUGAAGCUACAUAUCUUAAAGCUAAAGCACUCCAAGACCUUGGCAGAUUUAAAGAAGCUGCACAAACGUGCAGCAUAAUUUUGGAUACAAUCGAACCUGCAUUGACCGAUGGGUUGCCUGAGAACCUUGGCCUUGGUACGGAUUGUAAAUUUCUCGAGACACUAUGCAAAGCUGUUGAGCUGCUUCCAGAGCUGUGGAAACUGGCUGGUUUUCCCAAUGAAGCCAUCUUGUCAUAUCGGCGUGCCUUGCUUGGUUGUUGGAACCUUGAUGCCAGCACCUGUACACGGAUACAGAAGGAAUUUGCUAUUUUUCUUCUUUAUGGAGGUUGUGAUGCCAGUCCUCCAAAUCUCCGUUCACAAAUGGAGGGUUCCUUUAUACCUAGAAAUAACAUUGAAGAGGCUAUUCUUCUCCUAAUGAUUCUCUUAAGAAAGUUCAAUCUCAAAAGGGUUGAUUGGGAUCGGUCUAUUAUUGAUCACCUAACUUUUGCUCUAUCUGUUUCGGGGGAGCUGAAAACCCUUGCCAGUCAAAAGGAAGAAUUGCUACCUGGCAUCCUAGAGAGAAAAGAAAGAUACUACACACUUGCUCUAUGUUACUUCGGAGAAGGUGAUAGUUUAGUUGCCCUUAACUUACUAAAAAUACUUUUGAGUGCUAGAGGAGACCCUAAUUGCCUUAAAGCAUUAUUAUUGGCUUCAAAAAUCUGCGGAGAGAGCGGUGGUGCUUAUGUGGAGGAAGGAGUAUCUUUUGCACGAAGGGCCAUUUUUAAUUUAAACAGUGGUUGUGAUGCAAUGGCAAGUGUUGGAAAUUGCUUACUUGGAAUUUCUCUUUCAACUCAGGCUAGAUUGCCUUCGUCUGAUUCCGAGAGAUUGUCAAGGCAAUGUGAGGCACUUGAGGCCCUAGAAAAAGCCAACAAGAUGGUAGAAGGUAAAGAUUAUCAAGUGCUUUUUAGUCUAAGCCUUGAGAAUUCUGAACAGAGGAAGUUGGAGCCGGCUCUCCGUUUUGCGAAACAGCUGCUGAAAUUGGAAGCUGGAUCGAAUAUUAAGACUUGGAUUUUGUUAGCGCGAAUAUUAUCUGCCCAAAAAAGAUAUGUUGAUGCUGAGACCGUUGUGAAUGCUGCUCUUGAUCAAACUGGGAAAUGGAACCAGGGGGGAUUGCUGCGAACUAAAGCCAAAAUACAGAUUGCUAAUGAACAAUUGAAGAAUGCAGUCGAGACAUAUACUCAACUUCUAGCAGUACUUCAACUGAGGACUAAAAGCUUUGCUGUUGGCAUGAAGUCUUUGAAAGGUGGCCAAGAUGAUAGAAGUCUGGAAAUGGAAACUUGGCAAGAUUUGGCUAAUGUCUACAUGAGUAUGUCACAAUGGCGGGAUGCUGAGAUUUGUAUCUCAAAAUUGACAGCAAUUAGUCCUCAAUCGGCAUCAAGAUGGCACGCGACAGGAAAACUAUUUGAAGCGAAAGGUCUGUACAAAGAAGCUCUGGGAGCUUAUUCUAAAGCAUUAGAUCGAGAACCCACACAUAUUCCAAGCUUGGUCUCUACGGCAACUGUUCUUAGAGAGCUAGACGGUCGGCCACUUGCUGUUGUGAGAAGCUUCUUGACAGACGCUCUUCGACUUGAUAAAACAAACCACAUUGCUUGGUUUAAUCUUGGUCUUCUUAAUAAAGCCGAAGGUGGUAAAUCUAUUCUUGAAGCAGUUGAAUGUUUCCAGGCUGCUGCUCUUCUCGAAGAAUCUGUGCCGGCUGAACCAUUUAGAUGACUCCUGUACAUACCGAGGAAAUUUUCACUGUAAGCUGCUUUAUACCUACAAAAGUAAUUUCCUUUCUUUGAAAGUUAGUAUCUGCACUUUUACUGAUUUUAAAUUGUUUGACAUAUACCUGCCAUAGAUUUGAUUUUCUUUGCCUGAUAUAUAUGGUCCUCUUGUGUUCUUCUAUAUAAACUUUUUUAAGGCAUAGAUGAGUUUAAUAGAUUUGUCAUUUGUAAAAGUUGAAUUCAGAUUGAUCUUGGAACUGGUUGUAUUCAUAAAUUAUUGAAAACCAGCGAAGAUUUUCAAA